GGGAGAGGCACGCACUCGAUCGAUUUUGACAGUUGCUGAACCAAAACAAACGCGAGUUGUUGUUGGAUUUCGCGAUUUCCGUUUUUCACUAAAAAGCUGAAGAUGCUGUUGGAAAACCGAAGAAUCAGGUAAAUGCUGCAGAUCGCAGUUCAACAUCGGAGCAGCCGGCGUUGAGAAGAACAAGAAGAAGAAGAAGCAGAAAUAAACAUUUCGUGAACAACAAGAGCGUGAAAAUCGGGAAGGAGCAGGAGGUCCUGGCGCCGCCAUUCGAUUGAUGCGGUGUGAACGACCGCCGUGAAGAAGGUUUGGCUAAAGGGAAGCCGAGUGGCCACUACAGCAUCGACAAAAUGGGACGCCCGAAGCGAGGCGCAGCGCAAGCGAGUGCGACCAGCAAAUUCGAAGAUUUCGUGGUGGACGAAUCGUCGGACAGUUUGAGUGGUGGCCGAAGAUCGACAUCCGUGACGCCGGUACAGGAAUUUCUGGCCAUCACAAGCCGUGGCCGUGGGCGUCGCGGCCGAGGAGCUAGGCGAGGAGGCCGCGGGAGAGGAGGCGUUGCUCGCGCGGUACGCAUGGAAUCACCGGUGGUGACGACACCGACACCGCCGGUAGCAGAUACGGAUGAGGAGGCCUCACAGGAGUCCUCAAUGUCGGUGGCGUAUGACCAGCAGCAGGUAGAGCUCAUCGAGGUGCUGGAAGAGGAAAUCAUCGAGUGCAGCGAGGACGUUCUGAUUGAAAGUGAUGGCGGCAUUACGGAGGAAUCGCAGGAGGCGCCGGAAGAGCAGCAGAUGAUGAUGGUGGAAAGUGUGGUGGAGUGCGGCGAGGACGAGAGCGUCCUAUUGGGCGAUAACGAUGCCGCAGGCGACGGUGCUACGAGAAAAUCAAAACGGCAGGUAAAGGUGACGAACAAAUUUCGUGAUUUUGUUGUCGAUGCACCACUGCCGAUGAGUCAGGUAACGUACCUUGAUUACGGCACUAACCCGUGGCCGGAUUCGCUGUCGAGAGACACUGCGGCAGACCUAGAUUCAUCAUCAUUCUUCUUCGCACAACAGCCCAUGCGUACGUACGCGAGUAGCAAAUCACCCAAGGUAGCAGCAGGAACAGCGUCCCCCGCCAUGGCACCAGUUGCAGGACCAUCCACGAGCAGUUCCCCGGCCCCAUCAUCAUCAGGCACCGGCAACAAACCAGGACGACCAAGCGCGGCAGCGAUUGCCCUGCGUGAGCUGAACGCCAUCAAGGAGGCGGCAACGGCAAUGCCUAGCAACAGUGCCACUUCACCCGGUGCAGGCAGAGGACGCAAAAAGAGAGCGACAAUCAACGCGUUCUUGGAUAUCACGGAUGUCGAUCCAGCGGAUGAAACGAUUCAGCUUCCUCAUCCAGAGGAAAGAAACAAUUCGCUGAUAACGCUCAAGAUCGAUGGGACGGUGUUCGGGGAUGACGAUAGUUUGCAUUGCAUCGCGGCCAGCCCCAGCCCGGGUCAGCAGGAAUCGUGCGAAUCGGCCACAGUGACGCAAACGAAAAGACCUUCAUCGAGCAGAGGUCGUAAGCCAAGAGGUGGUGGUACGGGCAUUGGCAAAGCUGCGGAACGACCCGCCGGCUCAACGUUCAUACGAAGAUCGUACAAACCGGUGGGCGGCGCGGGUGCAAGUGUAGAAGAGAAUCCGGAAGAGGAAGUAAUCAAAGUAACGGCAAGGAAACAAACGCCUUCAUCGUUGGCCGGCGAUAGUGCAACGGAUACUGGAGAAGAUUCGGACAUUAUUAUGCUGCAGGCGGAUGAGAUUAUCAAUGAUAUGGAUUUGAGUGACGAGGAUUGGCAGGAAGGCCCGGUGAGAUCGAGUGGUCGAGGAAGGGGUCGUGGUGGCAGAGGAUCACGUGGUGGACGCGGUGGUCGUGGACGAGGCAGAGGACGCGGGCGCGGUCGUGGUAGCAGGUCACGGGGUGCGCGUUCUCGCGGAUCUGGAAGAUUAUUGCCGGAUAUCGCUGAUGUGCUAUCAACAAGCAGUAGUCCAGAUAGUGAGGAAGCUAUUUGUGAGGUUCAAACGGAUACCUCUGGUCUGGUGGAAGAAACGAUCGCCGUCGCGGCUGCGGACGGUCAAGGCACCUCAACGGAGGUAGUACAAGAAGAGAUCGUACAGGAAACAGUAGAAGAGCAGCAUUCGCUGGAAGUAUCGAUUGAACCGCCGGCCGUAGGCGUGACUGCGGAUGCCGAUAGUAAAACACUUUUGAUACAGGAUGAUUCAACAACGAUUGCCGAACAACAUCCGUCAGGUACGGAAGCUAAAGUAGACGUACAAAGCACCGAUCCGGCUGCUACAACAGUUCCAAUCGAAGUGUCCACUCUCAUCGACAACGCUGCACAGCCUGCCAUUCAAACGACCGUCGGAACUAUUGUUGAAGAACCAAAACCAGCUGAGCCAGCGAUGGAGAAAGUGGAAUCGCAACCAAUUGCUAAACUUUCAGGACCGAACGAAGGACCAGAGCCGAUAGCAGCAACCGAGAGGUUGGACGAGAAGUCGCGAAAGGAAGAAGGACCCGCCAAGGUUAAACUGUCGACACCGAAAAAGGAACGCCACGAAAAGAUCAGAGAGCCUCCAGCGAAGAAGCAGCAUAAGGAUAAAUCAUCAAAGGAACUUUCAUCUUCCAAAGAUCGCUCGCGACCGGAGAAAUCAUCUCGUGAUGAAAGUGACGCUCGGCAGCGGAAGAAGGAUAAGAAACGGGCCGAAGAGGAAGGACGAAAGCGAACCGACUCGAAAGAUCGCAAUCUCGAGAAGAUCCGUGCCAGUAAAGAUGAAAAGGAUCAACGAAGUAGCGAUCCGAAGCAUAGCACCAGCAUCAGCGCUACGAGCGAUCGCUCAUUGGAACCUACGGUGGAACCUGAAGGAAGCAAAAAGAAGGCGGAAACUGGUGAUAAAGUGAUUGUGGCACCGACCGAGGUACCAUCGAAUCGAAAGCGAUCACUGAUCACCCCGAUCCGAGCGGAUAAACCGAAGAAAUCGUUCGACACCGAACUGCAGGCCCUAGAGAUGCAACCGAUUUCACGUAAAUCCUCGAGUGACGAUCCACGGCGUCGUGAUGUGCGCGAUCGAGACGAUUCCUCAUCUUCAUCUUCCUCACAAAAACUCGAACAGCACAAGCAACAGCACCAUCACCACCACCAUCAUCACCACAGUUCGAAACACAAGAGCAGCAAAUCGGAAUCAUCGAGCUCAUCGGCGCCACGCAAAUCCGAUCCUGGACAACGGACAAAGGAGGAACGUCGUGCCAAGGAAGAGGAAGAGAAACGUCGGGGAGAGGGCAGUUCAUCGAAGGUGACGCCGAAGAAGAGCAUUGUACCAAGCUUCUUAUCGGAAGCUGCUACUCGUGAUCGUUCGAUUAUGAAAAAGUCCAAAUCGAAAGAUCGCAAGGAAACAGAAAAAUCCUCAAAAACCAGCGCCACCGAAACCGUACCAGCGACGAUAGCAGCGCCGCUACCGCCCGAACCGGUGUCACCAUCUGUGGUUCCUGUGACGACGGAAUGUCCAGAGAAUAAGAAACUCGUUGUCGAACCUUCACCUAUCGUAGAAACCCUUCCCGAUGAAAAGCCAUCCAUCGCAGUAGUAGAUCCAAUUCCAGAUCCCAUCAAACCCUCUCCAGAAGCGGCUCCGAAGAUUGUCACAAAAGCAUCACUUAAGAUGUACAAAAUGGAGCCGGAUGAGGUCAAGCUGAUGCACGUACGUACGGAUCCCGUCGAGGUGCCACCACCAUCGACCGUACCGCCUGUACCGGAGGUCGAAGUUAAAGCAGAACCUCCAGUAGAUCCUCCUCCGCCUCUCGAUACACCCAUCGAAGCGGCCACGAUCGAGGAAAGUGAGAAACCGGAAGUUAAACCUCUAUCCGAGCCACAAUCCACUGCGCUAAAGACCGAGGAAGAGGAAGGAAUGUUUAGCGAAGCGGAAACGGUACGAUCAGAGUAUAGCAUUGGGUUUUCCGAUGGCGAAGGGACGAUGGCGAGCAGUGGCGGUCUACCAUCGGAGGAUGAUUCCGGUGUACGCAGUGGUGUAAGUACACCGAGCUGUGACAUGCUUUGGGACGAUGAAGCACCACCACCGGAACCACCCGAACCACUGGCGGCUGUUCCAGAACUACCGAGCAGCAUCGGUACCACCGGCACCGCCACCACCACCGCUACCGAUGAUCCUCACUCACAGCGUGUGGAUAUGGUGCGCUUGAUCGAGAGCUACACGGAUGAUGGAGUGAUCCGUCGCUCGACACGUAUCAAAUCGAUCAGCUCCCAGAAGCAGCGGACCAGUGGCCAUGGGUUGGUGCGAGAUAAGGAUCGUUUGCUGAAGAAGAGCACGGAUGGAGCCGGAACGCAUGGAACAGGAAGUGCUCCUGAUCCAUCAUUACAGCAUAGUGGUGCUGGUGCUUCAGCCAGUGGUCCGAAUUGGCCAGUGAUUGCGAACGAGGGUGAAAGCGCCAACAAUGAGCUCUCGGAGGAGUAUCUGCGCGAUAUGGAGGAAAAGCUGAGCCGCUUCGAGACGAUCCGGGAGAAUAUCUACUACAGCGAUCGUAUCGUAAGCCGUGAAGCGAAGAAGAUGACCUGCGAUUGCUUCCUAACGCACGAGGACAUUGAACGGGGCGAGAUGGGUUGUGGUGAAGAUUGUCUCAAUCGCUUGCUGAUGAUCGAGUGUGGUUCCCGGUGUACCGUGGGGGAACGUUGCACCAAUCGUCGGUUUCAGCGGCAAGAAUACGCCCACUGCCAAGUGUUUCGUACGGAGAAGAAAGGCUUCGGGAUUCAGGCGAGUGCACCGAUCGCUCCCGGUGAGUUCAUCAUGGAGUACGUCGGGGAGGUGCUGAAUGGUUCGCAGUUCGAUCAGCGAGCCGAGGCGUACUCGCGGGACAAGAACAAGCAUUACUACUUCAUGGCCCUGCGCAGUGACGGUAUCAUCGAUGCUACGACGAAGGGUAACAUUUCGCGCUUCAUUAAUCACUCCUGCGAUCCGAAUGCCGAGACACAAAAGUGGACCGUAAACGGGGAGCUAAGGAUUGGAUUUUUCAGCACGAAGUACAUCCUGCCGGGCGAGGAGAUUACGUUCGAUUACCAGUUCCAGCGGUACGGUCGUAAAGCACAGAAGUGCUUCUGUGAGGCGGAAAACUGUCGUGGUUGGAUCGGUGCCAAGCCGACGCAGGAAGGAGAUACGGAUGAGGAGGAAGGAGAAGAAGAUGAAGAUGAUGAGGAAGGUGAAGAAGAGGAAGAGGAGGACAGUGAUGAGGAGCAGAAGGAUCGAGCACGUGGAGCCGCUGCCACCGGUGGAGAACUGCCAGCAGCGGGAAAAGCAUCGAAAGCGAGCGCCAAGGAACAGGAUGAUGAGAAACGUACCACGGAAUCGUCGACGGCCACUCCGGCAGUUCCAACCACACCGAAACCGAAGAAAACUCGCAAACGCCGUACGGCCGUUCGGCAGAAGCGCCGGCUGUUACAUGAACUACACGAGGAUGCCGAUCUGGAGGAAGAGAUUAACAUUCUGCUCAAGACGGGCCUAAAGAACCAGGCGCACACGCUGAAGCUAUCGCGAUUAAUGGUGCGAGCGAAGGACAUUAAGUCACGGAGUCGACUGCUGACAUUGCUCCAGAGUGGUGAGCUGGCGUGCCGUCGACUGUUCCUGGAUUACCACGGAUUGCGGCUACUGUACGGCUGGAUCUGUGAGUCGACGGAAGCGAUCGAGGAUUUAAAGUUCCGCAUUCAAAUCCUGGACACGCUCGAUAGAUUACCGAUUCCAAACAAAACGAUGCUAAAGGAUAGCAAGAUUCUUCACACGAUUGAGAAGUGGUCACGUCCGGAGAAGGGCAAAGCAAGUGCUCUACCUCCACCACCGCCGCCACCACCAGCACCAGUACCAGCGCCUGUACUAGCGCCAGUGCCUGCACCGGUACCAGCGGUUACCGUUGAGACCGCAAGUGGCACGGCAGGAGAAUCUGCCGAUAAGGAGCUAUCGAGGACAAGCUCACCGAGUGAUAGCAAUGGUGCAGGCAGUGACAGCAGCAACACGAGCCAGCAGGGAACCGAUGCUAAGCAACAGCAGCAGCAGCAGCAAUCUCUCAAAAAGGAUGUUCUUGGGAGUGUGGAUGUGUUGAAGAAUAUGCCGGAACUGUUGAAGCUGGCCGAUCUUGGCAAGCUAAAGGAAAUCAUCAGCACUUGCGACAAGGAGGUGGAGAACAAGGAAAAGGCAGCUGCGGCCGCAGCAGCAGCAGCAGCAGCAGCGGCGACUACAGCUGCAGCAGCUGAAGCCGCUAGUGGUUUGCUAUCUGAUAUAAUAAUCCCCGAGCCGGAAGAUGAAAACGCUCCCGAGGAGCGACGUCUCGGUACGCAGAUACGGAUUCUUUCCUGCAAGCUGCUCAUCAGCUGGACCAACCUGAAGGAGGUGUUCCGCAUUCCGAAGAAGGAGCGUAUCGAGCAGAUGAAGGAACACGAGCGUGAGGCGGAUCAGGGGCUCGGACUGGGUGAUCACGAUGAUCAUGACAAGUAUUCGCAUCGUUAUCGUGAUAGCAGCCGAUGGGAUCGUUCGAGAGAACCGAAGCGACGCCGAUCCCUGGACGAUCGGGCGGAUGGAGCGCCUCCAUACGGUAGCGGUGCUACACCGGGGAGUAAGCUGAAGCGGCCACCUUUUCCGGUACCCUAUGGCAGCAGCAGUACCAGUGGUAGUAGCGGCGGUGGUCUGGGACUAUAUCCUCCAUUGAAGCAGGAUAAUCUUUCGAAGCAGGAACGUCGGCAGCUGUUCGAGAUGAAGGUUGCGCACGAGGAAGCGGAAAGGCGGAAGAAGGAAAUGUGGUUAAUGCACGAGAACGCUUGCUACCGGUUCGGACUUAAUCCGCAUCUGACCGCACCGAUGGAUAUACCGGUGCGCAUGAAUCCGGCCACCGGCGAGUAUUUCUCUGAGGAUGAUCGUCUUCUGCCGACACCGCCCAGUCAUGCGUACUUCAAGAUCCAACCACCGCCCAUGUCGACGAACCCGGAGGAUUACGAGCUGCCACCGAUCAAGCUGCCGGCUUAUUGGCGCUUUGCGAUUGAUGAUCGUGGUCGGUUGUACUACUAUCACGUGAAGGAUCGCGUACCCCAGUGGGAACCACCGAAGAAAACGGGUCAGGGAGCGGCCGGGGAUGCCCCGUUCGCUGAUGAGGACAUUUCUAUGAGUUCCGACUCCAGUACCACCGAUACGUGCGAUUCGAGUGAGGAGGAAUUGACGCAGCAACUGGAGCAGUUGCUAAAGAAGAAGCGUAAACAACAAUCGAGUUUUAAUCUAGACGAUGUGCUAGCCAAACCGGAUGAUAUGAAUGAUAGUAUGUCGAAGCCGGUUCCGAAGCAAGAAUCCGGUGACGGUUCACCACAAAUGUUGACGCUCGAAGAAAUCUUUGGAGAAUCGGCCACUGCAGCAGCUAGCGCCACGGAAGAGCAGACCACACCGGCCUCACAGCAGCUACCGAUGAGGCGAAGGCGGAAACAUAGCUUGAAGUUGGUUCAAGCGCGCAUUAUCAGCCCUCGCACUGAAGAGGACAAGCAGUACGGACAGAUGGAAAUGAAACGGUACAAAGAGACGAAGGAGAAACUGCGUAAACGAAAGGAGGAAGCGAAACGGUUACGUGCCCGCACCAUGUUCGAUAAAACGCUCGCUGAUAGCCCAUUCAGUGGACCACUGGACAAAUCGAACAUCGCAACGAUCGCAGCCGAUGGUAACGUGAUCGUUGCUGGUGGUGCUGGGGCUAGUGCUGGAGCAGUUGUCAGCGGUAGCGGCGUUGGUGCGGCAGCAGCCAUCAACGUUGGCGGUGUUGGCGAUAGCUCUCUGAUCGAUGACGAUCUCGUCGUGUCGCACAAGAUCGUCGAAGAUAAGUGUAUCGUCGAUGAGCUGGACAUUUUGACGAAAAAGAAGAAGAUCUCUCCGUACGAAGAAUGGAAGAAAGUGCAGCAGCGAUUGGGUAAGAAGCGAAAGCAAACCGAAGAGGCUAACAAUGAGUCAGCAGCGGGGGCCGGAUCUUCUGGUGAAGCAACCGCAGCAGGCGCUGGCUCCAAGUUGCCGAAGCGCAAAAAGUCCAACAAGGGAGAGCUGAACAGUGAGGAGGCGCGCAAGAUCAAGGAAAAGUUCCGCGUCGAAAUAGCGGGCGUAAUUGUGCAGCACCUGAGUGGCUAUCGGAAGGAGAACUGUCCGAUUGGGCGCAUCACGAACACGGAAGAUUUUAAACAUCUUGCACGAAAGUUAACACACUUUGUGAUGCUGAAGGAGCUGAAGCACUGCGAUAACACGGUGCACGUGCUGGAAGUGACGGAAUCGGUGAAAACGAAAGCGCGGGAGUUCAUCAAGAAGUACAUGGCCAAGUAUGGUGCGGUGUAUGUGCGCGGAGAAAACGAGCUCGACUAUGCCAACGUGACACUCUGAGAGGAACCCGGGGGAAAGCAUCCAGAGCUGCUGCCACCGCCGGUCACCACGACCGUACAGCAAACGCUCUGAAUGUGUUUCCCAUAGCAACGCCAGUGACACAGUAUGCUUGGACAAAGUCUGCUACUCUGCCUCUGCGUACUCGUUGGCAGUAGUGUACGCUGCAAUCGUAUUAUUUCGACUACUUUUUAAAAUUGAAUUUAACAUUAAGACAAUUGCGUGCAUGUAUAAUUUCUUGCACUUGUAAGGACUGAGUUCGCGGUUUAGCGCGAAACAUUUUUUCUCUCCAACUGUGUGUAAAUUAUGUAGUAACUCAACUGAUACUGAUACGACCGUAAUAAAAUGUACCUUUGUACUACUGGUGUCUUUUGAUCUGCCGACCCGGUACAUGGUUACUCAGAUGUUUGCGACUG